AUGAAUACAGAAAUAGAGUUAGAUUAAAAAAAUAGCUUUACUAGUCCUUUGAUAACAAAAAAGGAAAACAAUUAAAAGAAUAUUUAGAUUGUAAAUAGAAGUUCUUCGAUUUAUUAAAUAAAUUAGGAUUUACUUCGUUCUCAAAUAAACGAAAAUAUUGAGAAAUCUUUUUCCGAAUUCGUAAUAUUUAUAGAGGUAUUCAUAGUAAUCGAUUGAAGAGCUUAAAAGAUUGUUACCAUAGAUAAAUUAUAAAAAGGCAUUAAAUAUGCUUAUGAAAGCAACUUAAGAGGGAGAUGUUUAAGAAAUUUAAGUGAUAUUGGAUGAUUUGAAAAAUAGAAAAGAAAAAUUAAGAUUAAAUGAUUAGUUGGAUCAAAAAAAACAAACACUUCUUCAUGUUGCUUGUUUUAAAAAUUUACCAACGAUAGUUGAAUAAUUGUUAGAAAAUGUAAAGAAAAAUUCUACAUAAAAUGAAUUUGAAGAAUGGAUAAAUAAAGUUAAUUAAGAUUAAUUUGCAUCAGUUCAUUUUGCAGCCUAUGUUGGUUCAAUUGAAAUAUUAGAAAUGUUAUCGAAAGCAGGUGCAGAUAUGAACAUAAAAAAUUCUUAAGGUUAAAAUGCUCUAUCAGUAGCAGCUUAAGGGGAUUAAGUUUAAGCAAUGGUAUGGUUAUAUUUAUAAGGCCAAUCAAUAGUUGAAUAAGAUUCUUAAGGAGGAACACCUUUGCAUUGGGCAACAUAUUUCGAUAGUUUAUUUGCACUUCAAUUUUUGUUGUCUUGGUUAUCGAAACUUCCUAACUAUAGUUAUUAUAUUAAUUUAAAGGAUGGAGAGGGAAUGACUCCUUUACAUUUGGCUGCUGUAACAGGAAAUAGUAGAAUUGCUAAGAAAUUGAUAUAAAAAGGAGCCAAUAAAAAUAUUAGAGAUGUAAAAAACUAAACACCUGCCCAAGCCGCAUUAGAAAAUUAAUAAAAUGGAGUAUAUGAAAUUUUAAUGAAAAAUAAUUGCUUGUUGGAAUUUUUCAAUAUUAAAUAAAGGUAUUUAUAGAAAAAUUUAUAUAAGUGUAAAACCUCCAUCUAUAAGUUGGACUUAAAUAAUUGCUUUCUUUAUUAUCUAUUUUUAUUGUAUGAUAGGAACGAUUUUGUUUAUUUACCCUUUUUAUACUGAGGGGAACUUAAUUUGGUUAUAAAUUAUAUCUAUUUGUUCUUUCAUACUUGGAAUCAUACUGUAUUUUUUGACAAUGUUUAUACGUCCUGGAUAUAUAAGGAAAAACACUGAUCAAUAUUAGUUGUUUAAAUUAUUAAAUGAUUAUGAACCUUGGGAAGUAUGUUCAGAAUGCCUAAUAAAAAAACCAGAAAGAUCAAGACAUUGUGAAUUUUGUAAACAAUGUAUUGUUGUUUAUGAUCAUCAUUGUCCGUGGGUUAAUAAUUGCGUAAAUAUUUACAUUUAUUCAUUUAGAUUGGAGCUAAAAAUUAUUUCAUUUACUUUUUCUUUAUUACUAUAAUUUGGAUUAAUUUACUUCAUAUUAUUAUUGUAAAUAGUAUAUUUAUAGGACAGGAAUAUACAAAAACAAAUUUUACUUAUCCUUGGUUUAAUAAUAUGAUAUUAUAUCAAUCUCAAACUUUGUUUAUAAAUAAAAUAAUUGUUUAAUCAAUUAUUUUAUUUUUAAGUGUUUUGUUUAUUAUUGCAGUAUCUCAUUUACUUUAUGGAUAAAUUAUCACAUUAUUUACAAAUAGAACCACUUUUGAAAAAUACAAGUAAACUGAGAAUUUCACUUAAAAUACUGCAAAAUCAAAGAGUCAAAAAUAAUUGUAAUUAUUCAUAACUAAUUUAAAGAUCCUAAUAAUCUAUUAAAAAUGAAGAUUAGAAGAUUUAAUACUCUUUUAAGAAUUGUGUUUUAAUGUGUUGUGAAAAUGCCAAUAACCCUGUAUUUUAAUGA